AUGACAUCUGGACAGACUGGGAACUCCAAUCGCGUAUAUGAUAUGUUCUGCGUCGAUAUGUACUGCCCACUUCCGCAUUCGUUGAACAACACACAAAUAAGCGUCGCGGGAACGCAGAACCGGAUGCAAACCGCCUGGAAUGAGGGCCUUUACGACGCAAAGCGGAUAAUUGCUAGCGAAGGCGGAUAUCUGGGGGCCCAGGGGAGAGCAGCAUCAGACGCAGGAAUCCCGAUCGCGAAGUCACAGGACACGGGCGAUGGCGACCCAAAGGCAAUUAGAUAG